AGAGGGAGCACAGGGGCACUGCUGGAGCUGCACUGGAGGUCGUUGUCAGCUAGAAGAGCCGGCAGGUUAGUCUGGUCCAGGCCAGGCACAUCCUGCCCCAAGCAGUAGGAUCCCACAGGCGUGGCCCAGGCCACAGCCCCCAGGAUGCCCAGCAGAACUGUCCGCUAUGCCCGCUACAGCCCAAGGCAGCGGCGCCGGCGGCUGCUGGCUGAUCGAAGUGUACGCUUCCCUAAUGAUGUCCUGUUCCUGGACCACAUCCGCCAGGGCGACCUGGAGCAGGUGGGGCGCUUCCUCCGGGCUCGGAAAGUUGCCCUGGACACCAUCCACCCCUCAGGCAUGGCUGCCCUGCACGAAGCGGUGCUCUCUGGAAACCUGGAGUGCGUGAAGCUGCUGGUCAAAUACGGGGCCGACAUUCACCAGCGGGACGAGACAGGCUGGACGCCCCUGCACAUUGCCUGCAGUGACGGGUACCCAGACAUAGCCAGGUACCUCAUCUCCCUGGGGGCUGACAGAGACGCAGCCAACAACGAUGGCGACCUGCCCUCGGACCUCAUCGACCCAGACUUCAAGGACCUGGUGGAGCUCUUCAAAGAGACUAAGAUGGACUGAGCCCAGCCCUGCCCUCCCAGGGCUCUCGCCCUCCCUGGAGAAGUCGGGCGCCCACCUCCCCCAGGUGCCAGGACAUGCCACACCGGCGGGGCCGGGAGCCGGCCAGGACCCCGUACCUGGGCAUAACCCCCGCCCCCACACCUCUGGCCUGGCUUUUUCUCCAGGUGAAUUUUUUAUGGUGACACUUUUUACUUUUUCAAUAAAUGUGAUUUCCAAGCCCGUG